AUGAGCGACACUCCUAUCAACCCAAUUCCCUUCGCUGACAAGGCCAUUAAGUUGGACAUUGUUGUCGUUGGGCAUGGAAUCGCAGGGCUUGUCUUCGCCAUUGAUGCGAAACUUCGUGGGCAUCAGGUCCAAAUUCUUGAGAAACGACCCGGCUUGGAUGAUUUCGGUGACGUCUUAGCAUUGCAGGCCUCUUCUUUGCGCAGCAUAAAGAAUGGCUGGCCAGGGUUCUGGGAUGAACUUCAGUCGUUGUCUUUGGGAAGCACACUCAACCUCCACAGGUAUGAUGGAACCUUCCUGGCUUCCCCAAGGACUGUUUCGUCCGACGGGUUAGGUUUCGCCGUUCAUCGCUUGGACUUUCAUGCUUUACUGCAUCAGUAUGCUCUCAAAUGUGGCGUCAUGAUCAAAUUCUCGAUGGAAGUCGUAAAGUACCUUGAGUCUCCUAAUCGAGGCGCUGUCGUACUAUCAAAUGAUGUGCGAAUUGAGGCGGACUUGAUUGUGGCAGCCGAUGGUGUUGGAUCCAAGUCUUGGGACUUGGUACGGAACAUCAAAGACCAAGCCGUUAGCAGCGGGUACAGCGUAUUUCGUUCUAAUUUUCCAGCAUUACCAGCCUUGGAGAACAGCCCUGUGUUAGCGGAUGAGUUUCAGAAGUCGCCCACCAGAAGCUGUGCAUUCAUGGGACCAGAUACUCACAUUGUGAUGUCUAAAUCACGCCAUCGACUGGGCUUCUUGAUGACCCAUAAGGACCCGGGCAAUUUGCCAGACACAGUGCCGAUUUCUACUGUUCUCCCGUACGUGAAAGGAUGGAGUCCCGUAGUGACAGAAUUGAUCAAGGCAGUGCCCUAUGGGGUGGUUUAUGAUUGGAAGCUACGCUGGAGAGAUCCUCAGCCCGAAUGGGUGUCGCCUCUGGGUCGAUUGGUACAGAUUGGCGAUGCGGCCCACGCAUUUCUCCCGACAUCCGGCUACGGAGCUUCGAUGGCUAUGGAAGAUGCGCAUUCGCUCGUCGAAUGCCUGUCUCACGUGGAGAAACAAGAUAUUGCUCUAGCAUUAAGAGUUCACAAUUGUCUUCGGUUUGAACGAACCGCCUGCGCUCAGAAGAUGGGCUUCAAAGCUAGAGAAUUGUGGCAUAAGACGGACUGGAACUCUCCGAUUGAAGACCCUGCAAUCUUCACACGCAUGUGGGCUCCAUGGCUGCUUGAACACGAUCCCGAGGACUACGCGCGAAAGAACUUUGCCACCUGUGCUCAGAAACUUCGCACUGGGGAGCAAUUCCAGAACAGCAACAGCGUUCCUGGGUAUCAAUUCAAGCUCUGGACUGUUCAGGACCUUGCGGAAUCCACAAAUGACGGUCUUCAAGAUGAAGGGGAGUGGUUUUCAACUGAAUAG